CGGCGGGGGUUGCAGGUUUGAGGCGGCGGCUGGGCAGAGGGAAAGAAGAUCGGAGAAAGGAAGAAGAUCCGCCGGAGAAAGGAGGAAGAAGAAGAAGAAGACAGGUGUAGAAAAAAAAAAAAAACGUGUCAAAGGGUGAAAGGGUGAUUGGGUGCGCAUGUGCCAGGUGAUGCUGUUUUACCUAAGAAUUUCUCCUCUCUACUCAUUGAAUCUAGUCCUAUAUAGAAACUCACUGCCAUAAUCAAGUCAAAGAAGAACAGCUUAAUCUCUCUCUUUCUUUAUGUCUCACCUAGCCUCUUUCAUUCAUACAUUCAUCCCAGAAGCGCUACAGGGAGCAGUUUGUAGUUAUAGGCAAAUGGAAUUGUCAUUUAUCAUAGCAUUGUCCAUUGUUUUGUUGAGCAUAGCUUCAUCAUGUGCAUGGAGGGUGCUGAACUGGGUGUGGUUAAAACCAAAGAAGCUAGAAAAAUGUCUAAGGCAGCAAGGUCUUGCCGGAAAUUCGUACCGCGUUUUGAUUGGAGAUGUCAAGGAGAGCUUCAGAGUGAUGAAGGAAGCAUGUUCAAAACCCAUGAACCUCUCCGAUGAUGCAGCCCCGCGUGUCCUGCCAUUUCUUCAUCAAACCAUUACCAAACAUGGUAAGAAUUCUUUCACAUGGUUUGGUACUACACCAAGGGUGACCAUCAUGAACCCAGACUAUUUGAAUGAAAUAUUGACCAAAUAUGAUGAUUUUCGGAGACCACAUACUGCUCCAGUUGUCAAGUUGCUAUCAUACGGUCUUGCAAACCUCGAGGGAGAAAAAUGGGUUAAGCAGAGGAAGAUUAUUAACCCAGCGUUCCAUAUCGAGAAGCUAAAGAAUAUGUUGCCAGCAAUUUACCAAAGCUGCACUGAUAUGAUUACCAAAUGGGAGAUCAUGGUGUCCAAGGAGGGGUCAUGUGAAUUGGAUAUUUGGCCUUUUCUUCAAAAUUUGUCAGGAGAUGUGAUUUCUAGGACAGCAUUUGGUAGUAGUUAUGAGGAAGGGAGAACAAUUUUCGAACUCCAGAAAGAACAAACAGAACUUUUGAUUAAAGCCUUAUUCAGUGCUUACAUUCCCGGAUUCAGAUUUCUGCCAACUAAGUUGAAUAGGAGGAUGAAGGCAAUAAGUAAAGAAGUAGAAGCUACAAUGAAGCGUAUUAUUAGUAAUAAAGUAGAGGCAAUAAGGGCAGGUGAUGAAGAUGCUAAGAAUGACUUAUUAGGGAUACUUCUGGAAUCCAAUUGGAAAGAAAUUCGACAGUAUGGAGGCAACAAGAAUCUCGGAAUGAGCAUUGAAGAGGUGAUAGGAGAAUGUAAGCUGUUUUACCUUGCUGGGGCUGAGACUACCUCAAUCUUGCUUACUUGGACUAUGAUCUUACUCUGUAGAUAUCCAAAUUGGCAGGCUCGUGCCAGACAAGAGGUUUUACAAGUAUUUGGCAGCAACAAACCUGAUUUUGAUGGGCUCAUUCACCUGAAAGUUGUCACCAUGAUCAUAUAUGAGGUUCUGAGGUUAUAUCCCCCAGUACCUAUGAUGACUCGAGCUGUUCAGAAGGAAACACAGCUCGGAAAUUUAUUACUCCCAUCUGGAGUGCAGUUAUCGUUACCAAUUUUCCUCAUUCAGCGAGACCAAACACUAUGGGGUGAAGAUGCAAAUGAAUUCAACCCACAGAGGUUUUCAGAAGGAAUUUCAAAGGCAACGAAGGGUCAGGUUUCAUAUAUCCCAUUCGGAUGGGGUCCUCGAAUAUGCAUCGGACAAAACUUUGGUUUGAUGGAAGCAAAAAUGGCGUUGUCCUUGAUGUUACAUAGCUUCACAUUUGAGCUUUCCCCGUCCUAUAUUCAUGGUCCAAUGACUAUUAUAACGACUCAACCACAAUAUGGUGCACAUAUUAUCUUGCAUAAACGGUAACUGCAUUGCUGUGUAAGAUAAAGUUCAUUUUGUUGCCAUGUAUUAAGAAAGUUGCAUGUUACAAACAGCUAUAUACUGAUGAUUAUAUAUGUCAUUAGUGUUGUAAAUAGUUAUUACUUAGUGGGCAUUCUUGUAAUUAGCCGACUAGGGUUGUUAUUGUAAUUUACAUCAUGGCCUCAUCUCUAUAUAAGAGAUGGUUCCCUACUCAAUAAUACACACAUAUUCUCUC